UUUCAUGUUUGCAGAAAACAAAACCCAAAGAAGGUAUAUGUAACCCAGAAGGAUCUCCUAAACUUUUCAAAAGAGAAUCAAAACGCACAAGCGUAAAACCAGUGGCAUUUUGGAGGAAUGAACGUGUUCAUUACAGACGAACAUCGGAAGGAACCUAUGAAGUAAUAGGUAUUCUACCAGGAUAUAAAGAAGACACUGUUUUUAUUAAUCACAGAAACUCAAAAGAUAAAAAGUAUCAAAGAAGCCACAAAUUUGUAAACAAAAUUGAACAAGUAGCAUUCAAAGAAAAAGGUGUCCCUGUGAUUGCUCAGAAUCACAAAACCUUGUUGUGGGAAAGGCCAUCAGGAUCUCCUGUACAAAAAAAGGAUCCACUGAAAAUAUGCAAGAGCAUCCAGCUCCCCAAUCAUUCCAUGGGGAUUUUAGUGAUUGCCCCUUUAGAAGAAAAACAUUCCCAAUAUGUGCUCACUGGUUCACUGUUUUUUAUUGUUGUUUCCGGGAAGGUGGAAUUACGUAUUCAUAAAAGCUCCUGGAUAAUUGAAACAGAUGAUUCGUUUAUUGUACCAUUAGGUGAGUUGCUUGGUUAA